UGGACAUUCGUAGCCAUCAACUCCUCGAAGAUCAAGGAAGAUAUUCGAGAAAUAAUCGAACGAGAAGAGGAAUUAAAUUAUAUGCAAAGGAUGUCCAGACAAUGGUGUGCUGACCUAUCACCAUUACGAACGAAUUGGGAGAAGGAAUACCUGACAGUUGCACCUUGGUUGAUUUUAUUAUUCCGAAAAACGCACAGUAGAAGGCAAGAUGGGGCACGUAAAGAACAUUAUUACCAUGAAACCAGUGCUGCUAUUGCUGCAGGGUUGCUGGCUGCAAUUCAGAGUGCCGGUUUGUGCUCCUUGAUCACAACUCCAUUGAACUGUGGACCACAACUGCGUCGACUUCUCAAUCGACCAGAUAAUGAAAAACUUCUGGUUUUGGCACCAGUGGGGCAUCCUCAUGAAAAUUGUACUGUGCCGGAUCUGAAACGAAAACCAUUAGAUGAUAUAAUGGUUGUCUUAUAA